AAGCACACAUUUGAAGAAAAAAGUUGAGCAUGUGCAGUCAAUAAUACGACAACUUGAUUCAAAUCGAGCCUAGUCGUCAGACGUCUUUACAUAACGGCACAAAUAGUUCUCUGUAAGAACUCAUUGCUACUAAUAAACCUCAAACCGUUACUAGUAUUAGAUUGACAAUAUUCAUACCAGCCAUGCAUUCAUAUGAGAGUCAAUAUCACAUUUUUAUGAAUUUUCGACUCAAAACUCAUCGACAAUGAAAUGAUGAGUUUAUAUCAACUGAAUGCUAUUUUAGGUCUCAUCUAAUUAUGUAUGAUUCAUAUGCUUAUUAUUCUGAAUCAAUGAAGUUGGAAACAUUAUAGGAGCUAUCAAAAAGUUUUAGGCACUACGGAAAGCAAGAGUAUGAAGCUUUUGGCUCUCAAUAAAUUGAGAAAGAAAAGCAGUGAUUCGUAGAUGAAGGAAACAUCUAACAUACCAUUAUUCGAAAUUCCUUUAUUUUUUCUGUAACAGACUGUUCUAGGUUUAACAAACUUCUUUCUGCUGUAAACAUUCCAAAGAAGUUGAUUUCACUAAAGUUAGAGAAAGGCUAUACUCCAUAGAGAGAUCAAUUAACCACAAAAAGAACAUUGAGAAAUGAGAAACCAGCCAAACUAAGACAUCAUUCAGGCUCAUUGUUCUCACUGAUUGAUUAGUGAAGAAAAAAACAAAAAUACUUUCAUAUUCAAUUAUUCACUGAAAAAAAACGUGUGGCAGUCUUCAAAUUUGUGAUAAUAGUUCCUAAACUAAGAAAACAGAAGAAGAAAAACGUGUUUCAAACAUGGAGAUGAGAGCUGUAAUUAAUAUACUAUUCUUUACUAACAGAUCUGAAGACUAUAAUACGUUUUCAUAGAUCUAAAGACUAAUAAUACUUGUUUUCUUCUAGAUCCAACGACUGUUUCUAAAUCUUCCACGUUUGAUACGUUUCACUUUCUUAUUUUUUUUUUUUAAUUUAUAUUCUCGAAACUUGAAACAUUUAUAUAUAUAGAGAAACCAUUUAGACCGUCUUCUCAUCAAACUGUUAAAUAGUUAACAAAAGAAGAAGAGAACUUGUCAUGAUGAAGAACACUCAACGUCAGUUAUCUUCAUCUUUCAUUAAACUCUGCGAGCGACUCUCCUCAGACAUCAACGGUGAGGACAAGAACAAAGACUUGGCGGCUGUCUUUGCAUACAUGGAUGCAAACCGAGACGGUAGAAUCUCGGCAGAGGAGCUUAAGAAGAGUUUCAAGACACUGGGAGAGCAACUCUCUGAUGAAGAAGCCGAAGCCGCGGUUAAACUCUCUGAUUUAGACGGAGAUGGGAUGCUGGAUUUUGAGGAGUUUGCUCAGUUACUCAAAGGGGGUGAUGAGUUUACAGAGGAAGAGCAGAAGAGCAAGAUAAUGGAAGCGUUUAGAAUGUACAUUGCUGAGGGAGAAGAUUGCAUUACUCCAAGAAGCUUGAAGAUGAUGCUGAUGAAGCUUGGUGAGUCUAGAACCACUGAUGAUUGUGUAGUCAUGAUCAAAGCUUUUGAUCUUAAUGCUGAUGGAGUUUUGAGCUUUGAUGAGUUUGUGCUUAUGAUGAUGCGUUGAGGUAUCAGCCCAUCCAAUGUUGUUUGUGGCUUUGUUUCUUUCUUUGUUUGAUUGCUGAAAGCAGUUGGCUGUAAAUAUAUAUAUGGCUUUCCAAGUAAUAAACUCAAUUGUUCAAAAAUUCGAUUAGGCGGACACCUAAACCGAUUUUUUAAGCACAAAGAUCAAAUUUUGUUAAAAAAAAUUGUUUUGAAAAAAUCAUUUGUUUAGAUCCGAUUUAUCGACUAAACCGAUUUUU